AAUAGUGGAACAUUUUAGAAAGAAAAAAAAAACAUAGUAAUUUAAUAUAAGAAAUUGUGGGGAUAGAAUAGAGAAGAAAUUUUGGCAAGAAAAGAUAGAUAAUGCAAAUUUAUGGCCCAAGUUUAUCGCCCCACUCUGCUUGUAGUUCCUCUUUGCCUUUCCUACGAGAUUAUGGCACAUCAACAACAACAACAAGAAGAAGAAGCACCGCCAUCAGCUGCAACUGUUCGAAGAAGAAUAGUAGUAGCAGUGUCCAAAGCAGAAGAAUCGUGAGUUCUCCACUGAUGAGCGGAGCACUCAUCGGAUUCCUAACGGCUUCGGCGGUUAUGGCUUCUGUGGCAAUGGCGGCAGUUGACGCGAUUGGCGAACCGGCGGAGACUCUGUCGAACAUACCGCAGACACUUUCCGGUGAGUGCGCGGCGGAGAAAGACUGCAAGAGAGGGAGGAUACAGAGACCCAAGUCAAGGAAAGCGGAAUCUUGCACAAUUAAGUGCGUCACAACUUGCAUUCGUGGUGGUGACGGUUCUCCGGGAGAAGGCCCUCUUAACGUUCGAAGGCCUCUGGUUGUUUUCAAGCAAGGUUUUCGAACUCGUCAAUACUGUCUGGUGGAAUGUUCGGACAUUUGUAAUUUGAUAGGUGAUGCCGAUGAUGGACCUUAAAUUUCUAUACUUUCUAUAUUAUUCAAAUUAAUUUUCUUAAAGAAAACAGGCUGACCUCUAAAAAUAGCUGAGUUUCUUAAUCAUCGUAAUUAUAUUUACCUAUUCAUGUUAAUGUAUGAAAGAAUAGUUAUCAAAAGCUGGUAUCUCUAUAAGGACAUCAUGCCACCUUUUGUUUUUGGGGUAAGGGAGAAGAAUAAAGAACAAAAAAAAUUGGUACCUUUCAAAUUCGUUGGCCAGUGUAGAGGUGUGUGUAUAAACUCAUCUGAGUUUGGUCUAAAUAUUUCCCCUCCUUGCUCUGUUGUUAGGGUAAUUCUGACUUUUUCUCGUUGUAAUUAAGUAAUUAUUGUUUGUUGACUCCUUUUUAAUUGUAAAAUUAGUAUUUUCCUAUGUGGCUUACUUAAAAUAUCACUAGUGUCUUUAUGUGAGGAUGUUUCUUUUA